AAGGACCAAUGAACAUAGACUCCUUCGCCACAUUUGAAGAAAAAAAAUUAGUAACAUCAUGGCUAAAAGUCACCAGUUACUAGUUUCAGUUCCAGCAGGAAAUGCUCCUGUUUGGGAUAUCAAAUGCAGUUUCCAUUCCCUUAUUGUUCUUUUAAUCGUUUCCCUCGUGGCCGGAGUCGCUUACUUGACCGGAGAGAGUGGCCGGUUCUUGUUUGCAGAUAAUAAUAGUAAUAGUAAUAGUAGUUUGGCUAGGGGAAAUCAUGAAAAUGAGUCUUUGUCAUCUUCAAAUAAUAAGUGUAAUUUGUUUUCUGGGAAGUGGGUUUAUGAUAACAAGUCAUAUCCUUUGUACAAGGAACAAGAUUGCAAGUUCAUGUCUGAUCAGUUAGCUUGCCAGAAGUUUGGAAGAAAGGACUUGAACUACCAACAUUGGAGGUGGCAACCUCAUCAGUGUGAUAUACCAAGGUUCAAUGCCACAGCAUUAUUGGAGAAACUGAGGAAUAAAAGGCUUGUAUUCGUUGGAGAUUCAUUGAACAGAGGCCAGUGGGUUUCCAUGGUUUGCUUGAUAGAUACAGCAGUUCAUUCUUCACUUAAAUCCAUGCACUACAGAUACAAUGCUUCCUUGAUCAUUUUCAAAGUUAAAGAUUACAAUGCAACAAUAGAGUUCUACUGGGAACCAUUGUUGGUGGAAUCAAACUCAGAUGACCCAGUGCACCAUCGUCUCCCUGAACGAAUUGUUAGAGCCAAUUCCAUUGAAAAACAUGGUAGCCGUUGGACUAAUGCUGAUUUUAUUGUCUUCAAUACUUACCUUUGGUGGAGACGACCCCAUAUCAAAGUCUUGUGGGGUUCAUUUGAGAGGUCUGAUGGAAUUUACAAAGAAGUAGAAAUGUUACGAAGCUAUGAAAUGGCCUUAAAAGCUUGGGCUGAUUGGUUGGAAAUCCAUGUCAAUCGCACCAAAACCAAGUUGUUCUUCAUGAGCAUGUCACCAGUUCAUGAAAGGGCUGAAGAAUGGGGCAAAGCAAAAGGUGAAAAUUGCUACAGUGAGACAGAGCAAAUACAAGAAGAGGGAUACCAAAAGGGAUCAGAUCCAAAGAUGAUGAAAAUAGUUGAAUCAACUAUGCAUGACCUCGAACAAAGAGGAUUAAAUGUUCACUUAAUCAACAUAACACAGCUAUCAGAGUACAGAAAAGAAGGCCACCCUUCUAUUUAUAGGAAGCAAUGGGACUCUCUUACUGAAAAACAGAUUGCAAAUCCAAGCAGUUAUGCAGAUUGUAUACAUUGGUGUCUUCCUGGAGUUCCUGAUGUUUGGAAUGAGCUUCUUUAUGCAUACAUCGUUAAUAACUACUGAGAGUUAAAAGAAACUCUGGAUUUGUAAAGUUCUUUUCUUUUACACCAUUUUACCAAAAGAAUCAAAAUGGUUCUUCAUUUAGCCCAUAGCCCCAUAUGACUUGACCCUGGAACAAACCGUAGCAUGUGGGGUUUUUUUUUUUUUUUUUUUUUUUUUUUUUUUUGUGUGUGUUCUCUUUGUGGUUUUGUUGAAAUCCAAGAUUGUAAGUGGUCUAUUUGGCAAUUGUAUAUAAGUAUAACAAACUGACAAUUGCUAUAAGAUUUUUCUCUUUCCUUAAGAAAUCAAUUUGUUGAGAUUGAGAAAAUGAUGUACGCUUCAUUAUUUAGGUUUCGAUUUGGAUUUUAUGGUCGACUUUUCUGUUAUACUUCAUAUUUAACUCUUUAGUCUGUCUUAUUUAUUUUUUCCAAA